AUGAGAUUACUAGUAUCCAGCCUCGUGGCAUUGAUGUGGUUCACACUGUGUGGUGCUCACACGGUGCUGCUACCAGCCUAUGGGCAACGCUGCUUCUUCGAGACCUUGAACAAAAAGGACGAGCUAGCGGUAUCGUUUCAGUUCGGCGACCGAGCACUAGAAUCGACUGAACAAAUGAAAGGCGACUUUGUCGUAUAUGGGUCUCAUGAUCACGAAGUUAUUAAGGCUUUCAGAGAUGUGUCACACGGUGAUGUGCGCAUUUCUGUUCCAUAUGAUGGAAAAUUUGAAUACUGUUUUGUGAACGAGAACUCUGGCACAACUACCAAGGAUGUGACGUUUAACAUUGAGGGAAUUGUUUACGUUGACUGGAACGACCCCAAGUCCGACUCUUUGGACGGUGCGGUCAAACAAUUGGCCAGACUAACUCGUGAAUUAAAGAAUGAACAAAGCUAUAUCGUUAUCAGAGAGAGAACUCACAGAAACACUGCUGAGUCUACGAAUGAUCGUGUUAAGUGGUGGUCCGUAUUCCAGUUGGCCGUGGUGAUUGCCAAUUCGCUAUUUCAGGUAUAUUAUUUGAGACGGUUCUUUGAAGUGACCUCUUUUGUAUAA